UUUUCUUUCUUGUACAGAAACACCAGGAAACGCAAUGUCCUUCGGUCUUGAUUGUUUGCCCAGAGUGUAACAGGAAGGACAUUCCUCGUGCACAGAUGUCUGCUCAUCUUGAUCCAAUGUCCGGAGACUGCGAAGAGAUGCAAGCACCUUGUCCAUUGACGCAGAUUGGAUGCUCUGAAACUAAAGCCAUGAAGCUGAAAGAAAGGAGAAUUCAUGAAGAGAGUGCCAGUGCUGGUCACGUGAUGCUCCUCUUUCAAUCAGUCAUGCAACUCUUCUCUGUGGUUGGCAGAACCUUGCAGGGUUCCAAUCAAGUCAAUGUCAGCGAGUUGAAUCUACCAUCUCAAGAAGAAUUGGAGAGAUGCGUUAAACAAGUGGAGAACGCAAUGAAAGAGAACAAAGAGUUGAAAUCAAAAUUGUCGCAGCAAGAAAACCGUAUUCGACAGCUGGAAGGCGCAAGACAGGGAGAGCCAGUUAUUGCAGGCUCAGCAUCGGGGCAAGAAUCAACGAGGGAGCUGUCCCGGAGAAUUGAUAACGAAGAGGCAAAAACAGCUGACCUAGAAGUUCUCAUCGUUGAAGGGAAUCGGCAAAAUGAAGAUCUUCAGCGGCAAGUUGCUACCUUAGCAAGAGGGCAGGAAAGUUCCAAGGAAACAAUAAACCGCUUACAAAGGCAGUUUGAGUCCGUAAGUCACUCGCUGGCUUUGCGAAAUGUUACACUAAGUGAUUUGGAGGAAUAUGUCCGACAGCAGGAUGUAUCCAGCCACGACGGAAUCUUAUUAUGGAAAAUUUCCGACUUCACUAGGAGAAGACAAGAUGCACUCUCUGGAAAUCAGGUGUCUUUUUACAGUCCGUGUUUCUUCACCAGUCGUUAUGGAUACAAGAUGUGCGCGCGCAUCUAUUUAAAUGGCGACGGCAUUGGCAAAGGAACUCACAUCUCGAUCUUCUUUGUUGUCAUGCGCGGUCAGUAUGACGCUUUACUCCGCUGGCCAUUCAGACAGAAGGUCACCUUCAUGUUAUUGGAUCAGGAUAACGUUGAACACGUGAUCGAUGCCUUCAGACCUGAUCCCAGCAGCUCCUCCUUCCAGAGACCAAGAAGAGAAACCAACAUCGCCAGCGGAUGUCCCACCUUCUGCCCUCUAUCCGAGUUAAACAACCACGCCUAUGNAGAGACCAAGAAGAGAAACCAACAUCGCCAGCGGAUGUCCCACCUUCUGCCCUCUAUCCGAGUUAAACAAUCACGCCUACGUCCGAGAUGA